AUGAAUGAAUUGGAUCCUCCACCUCCAUCCUACGAUCAAAUCAAAAAUUCUCCUGGCACUGAGAACUCUAAUCCAAAGUGGCAAUCAUGGUACAGAAAAUUCAUUGAAUUAAAAUUCACUAGCAACGAAGCAAAUGAGUACACAGAAUUAUUCAUAACCAAUGAUAUUGAAAUUAGUAUGAUUCCUGAACUUACCGAUCCUAUUCUUCGAUCGAUUGGCAUUGAUAAAGCUGGACAUCGUAUUCGGAUACUUCGUCUUCAAACUAAGCCUUCUACUCAGACGACAACAAGAAAUCCAGUAGCGCCAAGUCGUCCUGUUGUUAAUACACCACGAUGUAUUAAUCACCCGAAUGUAGCUGCGAAUGAAAAAUGUUGUAAAUGUAAACGACUUGUUUGUCUUCAUUGUCGUCGUGAAAAAUCAGGUGACGGAGGUCGACGAUAUUUUUGUCAAGAUUGUUAUGAUGAUUGUACAAUUCUUUGA